AUGUCGUACAUCGACCUGACGCGGUACGAUUCGUCCGCGAACCUCGUGCAGAAGAAGCUCGGGCAGGAUGAGGACCUCCGCGGCCUGUCCUCCAUCCUCCAGGAAUCCGACGACCCGUCCUCCUCCAACGCGCUCACCAAGGUGAUCUGCACCGUCGGCGUGAAGUCUCGCACGGUCCCCGAGCUCGUCGCGCUGCUCGAGGCGGGCAUGACCACCGCUCGCUUCGACUUCUCGUGGGGCAGCAUGGAGUACCACACGCACACGCUGAACAACCUGAGGGAGGCGAUGAAGCAGACCAAGAUCCUCUGCGCGACGAUGCUGGACACGCGCGGGCCCGAAAUCGGCGUCCAGCUGGCGCCCCAGGACGUCUCCUCCUUCGACCCUCGCGCCCCAAAGGCCAAGGUGGCGCUCGAGCAGGGCAACAGGGUCACCCUCACCACCGACCUCACCGUCCCUGCGUCCAGCGAGUUUCUCCCGGUGAACAACCCCGACUUGGUCCACUUCGUCGAGGCGGGCGACGACGUGUUCGUGGGCCAGUACCUCUUCACCGGCAGCGAGACGUCGUCCGUGUACCUGAAGGUGGACGAGGUGGACGCCAAGGCUGGGCACAUCUACUGCACGUGCAAGAACACCGCGCGGCUGGGCGGGGUGCUGCUCACCGUGCAGGUGAGCAACAAGGGCGACGACCUGCCCACGCUGAGCGAGUGGGACAGGCACGUCAUCGAGCACUGGGCGGUGCCGAACCAGAUCGACUUCAUCUCGCUGUCGUUCACGCCCAACGCGCAGGCGGUGUACGAGUGCAGGGAGUUCGUGAGGUCGGUCGGCGGCGAGGGCGUGAGCAUCGUGGCCAAGGUUGAGCGCCUCUCCGCGCUCACGCACAUCGACGCCAUCGUCGAGGCGUCCGACGGCGUCAUCCUCUCGCGCGGCAACCUCGGCCUGGACAUGCCCCCGGAGAAGGUGUUCCUCUCCCAGAAGAUGGUGCUGCACAAGUGCAACAGCGGCGGCAAACCCGCGGUCAUCACGCGCGUCGUCGACACCAUGACGGAGACGCCGAGGCCGACGAGGGCGGAGGCGACGGAUGUGGCAAACGCCGUGUUGGACGGCGCCGACGCCAUCAUGCUCGGCGCGGAGACCUUGCGCGGGCAGUUCGCGCCAAAGGCGGUGGAGACGGUCAAGCGGAUCUGCAGGCAGGCGGAGAACGUGUUCGACCACGAGAACCACUACCAGAUGCAGCUCCCGCCGGCGAUGGUGGAGAGCGGGUUGUUGUCUCAGGCUGAGGCGCUGGCGUCGUCCGCGGUGCGAGCCGCGUCCAAGGUUGGCGCGUCGAUGAUCAUCGUGUUCACGCGCACGGGACACACCGCGCAGCUGGUGAGUAAGUACAGGCCGAACAUGCCCAUCGUCUCGCUGGUCAUCCCGAGGAUCCUGCAGAACAGCAUUCAAUGGGUGUUGGAGGGGGAGAGGGCCGCCAGGCAAGGUUUGCUCCACCGCGGCCUCGUGCCGCUCCUGGCGAACCCGAUCAACUCGGACCCCAACGCGCUUCUCAACGUGGUGUUCGCGCGGGGCAAGGCCAGGGGGGAGCUGAGCAAGGGGGACCAGGUGGUGGUCAUCCAAAAGGUUGGGACCACGUCCGUCGUCAAGGUGGUCGCCGUGGCGUAG